GCUAAAUGCGCUCUGGCAACAUUGUAGCGCUGGUUUUUAAAGGGACCAGUUUGGGAGUUCUCAGCAAAACGCUUGCAGUACUGUAAUGCUCUCUUUAGAGAGGUGUAAGAAGUGGAUCCAGCCACCACUCUGGCCUGUCCCAUACAGACAGCUGGAGGGGAGAUCUAAUUCCUGCAAAUUCGCCUUUUCGCAGAUCUCCUAGUUGCGACCAAAGUUUCAGCCAGAGCGUCCAGCAGCGGCUGUAACUUUCCCCGGAGUGAAAUAAAUAAAUAACGACCGUAAAUACAGAGAUAGCAGGGCCUUAGAUAUUUUCCUCUCUAAAAGGCAGACAGGAGAAAGAAGGAGGUGGGGAUGAAAAGUCCUGAUGUGGCAGGAAACUUCUUUGGGCGAGAGCCACAGACGCAGCUCCAAACGGACGGAGAUGCGCUCUGCUGGCGAAUUUUGUCUUUUAUACAAUCAUCCAAGAAAGCAGAGAGAAGACCCCUAAGAGGGGGCUCAUCUCUGGUCUCUGGCAAGACUCCUUGUUUUGUGGUCCCCUCAGCCUCUUCUGCCUCGAAGCCUCCUCCCUUUGGCAAAAGGAGAGUGGCGAGGCCCCGGAGGCAAGAUGUGAGUGCGCUUGCGCUCGAGCCAAUACGGCCGGAGGAGUCCUAUUCCUCGGGCAUUUUCCGAGGAAGUCUGGAGCAAUUAGGCUCAGUCCUGGGAGAGCUAGCUAGAGAGCGGGCGGCAAAGCCGGCGUGUCUGGGCCGCCUCGCAGGGAGGGAGGGAGGGGGCGGCCGGUCGCCCGGCGGCGACACCGGGCCCCGGCCGCCACCAUGGGUUUCGAGUUGGACCGCUUUGACGGUGAAGUGGACCCUGAUCUGAAGUGCGCCCUGUGCCACAAGGUACUGGAGGACCCGCUGACCACCCCGUGCGGCCACGUAUUCUGUGCCGGCUGUGUGCUGCCUUGGGUAGUGCAAGAGGGCAGCUGCCCCUCGCGUUGUCGCGGUCGCCUGUCGGCCAAGGAGCUCAACCACGUCCUGCCACUCAAGCGUCUCAUCCUCAAGUUGGACAUCAAGUGCGCGCACGCGGCACGGGGCUGCGGCCGGGUGGUCAAGUUGCAGGACUUGCCCGAGCACCUGGAGCGCUGUGACUUCGCGCCCGCGCGCUGCCGCCACGCGGGCUGCGGCCAGCUGCUGCUGCGACGCGACGUGGAGGCCCACAUGCGCGACGCGUGCGAUGCGCGGCCCGUGGGUCGCUGCCAGGAGGGCUGCGGGCUGCCGCUGACUCACGGCGAGCAGCGGGCGGGCGGCCACUGUUGCGCGCGGGCUUUGCGGGCGCACAACAGCGCGCUGCAGGCCCGCCUGGGCGCGCUGCACAAGGCGCUCAAAAAGGAGGCGCUGCGGGCUGGCAAGCGCGAGAAGUCGCUGGUGGCGCAGCUGGCCGCCGCGCAGCUCGAACUGCAGAUGACCGCGCUGCGCUACCAGAAGAAGUUCACCGAGUACAGCGCGCGCCUCGACUCGCUCAGCCGCUGCGUGGCCGCGCCGCCAGGCGGCAAGGGUGAAGAGACCAAAAGCCUGACUCUUGUCCUGCAUCGGGACUCUGGCUCCCUGGGAUUCAAUAUCAUUGGUGGCCGGCCCUGUGUGGACAAUCAAGAUGGAUCCUCCAGUGAAGGAAUCUUUGUAUCCAAAAUAGUUGACAGCGGGCCUGCAGCCAAGGAAGGAGGCCUGCAAAUUCAUGACAGGAUUAUUGAGAGGGAAUACAUUUUCUGAGACUAUUGUUCAAAAAGAUAAGUACAGCCAGUGUUGCCAAGGCAUCGGUGGGACGGCCAGUUUCUCCGAGUCACGGAAUUUCAUCGCUCUUAAGUUCUGCAAAUGAGAACUCUCCAGCUGGGUAGGAUUUUCUCUUGGCAGACGAUGAUCUGUGUUUGAAAUGUUCAGUACGGUUUCUGGUAAGUCACACUCCCCCUUUGGACAGUAUGUAAAAUAUUAAUCACGUCCCACAGUUGAGACACAAAGGGAGAUCCCGAUAGAGAGCCGCCACGUGCAUAAUCACAACCGUCAAAGCAGGUUCUUCUCCUUUGAGUUCUAAUCUCUUCUGACAUGAUACAGCAACUCUCAUGACGUCAUAAGGCUCUCAGCUUCACCUCAUCCGU